AGCAAACUUGACCCCGCAGAACCACCCAUUUCUAAACAUCUUAUCCCUCUUGAAAACAUCAUAUAGUUGAAGCUGACAUGGCGUCUGGACCCGAAAAAGAGAUUGUCCUAAUUACAGGCGGCACCAACGGCAUCGGUCUAGACACCGUCAUCUACAUCGCCUCUGCCUCACCAAACUACCAUGUUAUAAUCGGCGCCCGAAACCUCUCCAAAGGCGAAAAGGUUCUCUCGGAACUCCGGACCAAACCCGGCAUCCAAGGCACCCUCUCCCUCGUGCAAAUCGACGCCACCUCCGACGACUCCAUCGCGGCGGCCGUCAAAAAAGUAGACCAAGAAUUCUCCCGUCUCGACGUCCUCAUCAACAACGCGGGCGUCUGUCCAGAAAAAGAAAACGACCAAUGGCCUUCUCGGGACACCCUCCGUACAGUAUUCGAAACCAAUGUCUUUGGCCCAACGAUCAUAACGCAGAUGUUUUUCCCGCUGCUAAAGCGCUCUUCUAACCCCCGUAUUAUCAAUGUGUCGUCGACGCUUGGUAGUAUCGGCUUCAUCUCCGACCACAGCAGCAGCUACUCUGGCGUCAAGUACUCUGGGUACCGUAUGAGUAAGAGUGCGCUGAAUAUGCUGACGGCCUAUGUGUGGUACCAGCUCAAGCCCGAGGGGUUCAAGGUUUGGACGUACUGUCCUGGGUAUGUGGUUACGGAUUUGGGGAAUGAUAGGGAGGUGAGGAAAGCGAAUGGGAUUGAGAGUUCGGAGACGAGUGCGCAGGGCUUGCUGCAGAUUGUGAGAGGGGAGAGGGAUGCGGAUGUUGGGGGGUUUGUGGGGAGGUAUGGGGAGAAGUAUGUGUGGUGA